CACAAUUCGUUAUCGUAUCAGUAACUGGAACUUACCUUACAGAUAACUACGUCAUGGUACCCUGAAUUAUAAAGUGUUCGGCUUACAGGGAUUUGUCAUUCGUGAUUAUCUUUAUUGCACAGUCAUACCGUAAAAUGGAAUUCGGUACCUUAAUUUUUAUUGCGGUUGUUUCCAUAGGAGUACCUCAAGCUCAAGCCCUUCGACCAAGUACAAUCGACAUAAAGGCAUUGGAGCUACUCUACCGCGAAGGGCUGCACGAAACCAACGAGUUAAUCCGCCAAGCCAGAAUUCCGAUCGAAAACAUAAUUGCCACCGGAAAACUGAACGUCUCUCAGCAAAUUCGCGAUUCUCAAGCGAGGGUUGCGUCGUCGUCCGGCCCGAAUUCGGAAUGCGCCAAGGUGCACGCCGCUACGUUACAACAGAGGGUUAAUCCGGAACACCUCAACGAUUGUGAUUAUAACUAUUCGCUGAAUGACGCCUUGAACAAGUGGGACGCGGUUAAAUCUCACAUUUUCUUUUGCUCAAUAUCGAGCACUAAUGGGUGCGUUGACGAGACGAAGAAGGAGAUCAAGGAUUUAAAAGCUUCGAAUGCUAAACGAAUUCCAGACACUGUAAAACUGAGCGAUAGCUGUAAACAGGCGCAUUGUGAAAAUGUCGUGCGAAUUAUUGCAAAAAUUGACGCAGCUUUUCAAAACUGCUUGCAUGUUUAGUUAUGUAAGUCCAUUGUGGUCCAUUUGGCAUUUGGGUUAGGUGAAUGGAAAUGUGACAAGUAAAUGUCCACCUUCUAUUGUAAUUUAUUAUUUCUUAUUUGUGU